AUGUUUGAUCAGAAUGCGGUAAACUCCAAAAGCAAGAUAGUUUUUUUGGUUGUUAAGAAAGAAGGAUGCCUGUUUAUCGAUGGCAACAAUGCGCCACAUGCCAUACUAAUGCUGUCCCGGGAAAUUGCCGAGUGUGUGACAGCUCAAGGAAACCAAACCAAAAGGAAGAACAAGGCCUGAAAUCACUCAAGUACCACUCAGUUUACAUGCUUCAUUGAAUUUGGGAACGCCCGUGGCUGUAUAAACCUUCGAAGGGAUCCAGCUGGAUGUGCAAACCAGUUAGUGUGA